AUGGAUUCCUCCAGUGCACAAGAAGGUCUCAGAAAGAGACCGAAAAGUAGUGAUUCUGGUUCGCAAGAUCGGCUAACGCUCGACACACGUGUGGUGAACAAAAUUGGCGAACGAAAUGUGCGUAUUUACAAUCUUCCCCAAAGGUCGAUUCGCUUCGUGAAAGAUCUGGUAACAACACUGGUGGAAGAGCAAUGGCGUUACGUUCUGUUCGUAUUUGUCGCCAGCUACGUCGGCAGCUGGGUGUUCUUUGCCGGCCUGUGGUACAUUCUUUCCUACGCUCACGGUGAUCUGAUUCAGGAUUCAGCCACCGGGGAACGGUUGGGCGAUGGCGUUAUGCCGUGCGUGCAGGGAGCCACCAACUUUAUCGGGUUCGUGCUGUUCAGCAUGGAAACGCAAAUAUCUACCGGAUACGGCGAAAAGGUACCGACCGAGGAAUGUCCAGAAUCGUUCGGACUGCUCACCAUCCAGCUGAUCGUGGGGCUGCUAAUCGACGGUGCCAUACUCGGGGUGGUGUACGCGAAGUUGGUCCGUCCGCCGCAGAAAAUCUCCGAAAUGAAGUUCAGCCGACGGGCCGUGAUCUGUCAGCGGGAUGGGCAGCUGUGCUUCGUGUUUCGUAUCUGCGACCGGAAGUGGCAGCAUGCCAUCGAGACCAAGGUGACGGCCGUCCUGCUCGCAUCGAGACGCACCGCCGAGGGAGAGGAGAUCGAGAAGAACGAAUCCUACCUGAAGCUGGAGAACGAUGGACGGUUGGUGUUGCUUUGGCCCGUUACCGCUUGUCAUGUGAUCGAUCGCGAUAGCCCGCUGUAUGAUGUGUCCGCGGCGGACCUGCUCGAGCGCAAGCUGGAAAUUGUGAUAACGAUUACGGGCGGCACGAUGACGACGGGGCAGAUUAAUCAGGCGCGCACCUCCUACGUACCGUCGGAAAUAUGCUGGGGCCAUCGGUUCCGUGACAUUGUGGAGUAUGACGCACGAAAGCAGUCGUAUGUGGCAGUAAACGAGCGCAUGCAUGAGAUAGAGCAGGUCGACACGCCACUGUGCAGUGCGCGCCAGUUAGAUAUGUUGAAGAAACGGCUACAACGAGAUGUUAAGCACGACCGACCGGCUCGCCAAGAAUCGAGUAUCAUUUUCAGAGACAGUGCGAAUUCCGAUUCGGAGCCGAAGACGGCCGAUAGUAAUGUAUAA